UAAGUUACACUUCUGUUAUAGAGACCUGACACCUCAGACAGGACAGCCGUGGAUCACAAAGCUACAGAGCUUCAGUCACCUGUAGCCUGGAAGACUUGUGGGUCAAUAUUUAGAGAACUGUUCCAGACAAUGGACCAUUAAUGGCUUUUUUCUUUUUUUUCUCCCUCUCUCUGGUUCUCAAGUAAAUAGACUCAACUGGUAAUUUUGUCUGUUGGCUAUUUACUUCUGCUUGGAGCUUCUUUUUUUUAAGUCAACAAGUUUCCUUUUUAAGUUUAUGUUGUUUUUCUUUCUUUCCAAAGUCAUGUAAUGUUAAGUUUCCUAAGUUUUGGAAAUUAAUUUACUUUUACAAAGCUUUGGCAGUUUAAAGUGCAGAAUGAUUAGCUCUUAGGUAGCAGAAAUAACGAUUUUGUGCUUGAAGAUAAAGGAAUACGUUUGGAGAAACAGGGACUGAUGGGUGGAAGUGAGGAAAAGUAUAAGGGGUUGUUAGGAGAAAACUGUUCUCACAGUCUGACCAUUGACAACACCAUCAUCGGAAAUUAGUUGGGUCAUCCCCUCCAGCUAGUAGAGGACUACAGUUCCCUCAUUCCUCAGAGAAGAUGUUUCUGUGGGCAGGAAGUAAAGCAACGGAUGGAGGAAGUGAACGCAGAUCAAUCUACCAGAAAAUCCGAGUGUAUGAGGUGCUGGAUAAGAGGAAGACAGUGACUGCUCUGAGGGCCGGAGAGGACAGAGCCAUCCUGCUGGGCCUCAGCAUGGUCCUGCUCUCUGUCAUGAUGUACUUUGUGGUGGGGAUCACCAUACUGCGCUCUUACUCUGACAGUUUAUGGACAGGUGAGGCCAGCUGCACCAUCGUGAACUCCACUAUCGUGUGGGAUGUGAACUGUUCAUACAGCUGUGGAGCAGAGUGCUGGAAGAGUUCCCGUUACCCGUGUCUGCAGGUCUACGUCAGCCUCAACUCCUCAGGGAAGGUGGUGCGACUGUUUCACAACGAGGAGACACAGGACAGCAAUCCAGAGUGUUUCUACAUCCCAAAGUGCCGUAAGGACUAUUCUGCCACACAUGCCGUUGUUCAUAACAUUUCUGAGCGUCUCAGGUCUCAGCACACUGUUCAGUGUUUUGUGGACCCGACAGACAGAAUGGACAGCGCCAUCCUGACUCAGAUCUACGGCCGGGUCGCCGUCUUCCACUCGUUGUUCUGGCCAACCUGCACCCUGAUUGGAGGAACCGUCAUCAUUGCCAUGGUGAAGCUUACACAGUCCUUGUCCAUCAUGUGCGAAAGAAUUAGCCGUAUUAAGAGGUGAAGGAAGUCCCUGAUAUACGGACACAGCAUGGACAAGUAAAGCUGCUUCUUGGGCUCCAGUACUGAAAGACAAAGAGGAAGGACAGCUUGAACGCUGGGUUCACAGACAUUCAGAGACAAUCAUGCAGACUCAAGGGACUCGUUCAUUUUUGGGGUUGAGCUCGAUCUUUUCAGAUGAACCGCUGGUUUGAAGCAUGAUAAAAGUUAGGCAUGCUGGUGGUGGAAGCUGUGAAAAAAAUCAUUUCCAUUCUUUUUGUUGCCCUUUCACCAAUUUUGUAAGGAUUUCUACAAAUAUGAGAUUUUCAAAGUGCCUUUUUCUGUGUUGGCUAAAAGUUAAAGGACAACGUCAACUUUGUGCAAACAUGCUUAUCCGCCUUAGUGAUAGUAAGAUUAGACCACUUUCAUAUAUUUCUAUUAAGGGCUUACAUUGCAACUUUCCGAGCAGAUUUUCAGACCAAAACAAAUUCUCACAUUGUACACACCUCCUUCAUCCCUCAGCUACCUCCUCCCCUCCUGCCUGCAGACUCCUCCUGCCCCUCCCUCACUGUUUCACCAGCACAUGUCUGUUUGACAGAGAGUGGAAGACAAAGGCUGAUAAA